AUGGCCCUGCAUAUGUGGUUAUGGGGCAGUUCCUCUUUUACGGUUUCUCACGAUCUUCGACUCUUCCAUAACUUAGAAACUGCUUUCUAUACGCGCGUUUUGACUACUUCCCCUCGAGGUUUAGCCGAGGCCAUCAACUACAACAAUUACACAGUCAGAGUGGUUGAUCCUGGACUUCUUCAACACAACUGCUCCUCCCUUCCUCUCAAUUUCAUUUCUCGUUCCAAUUUCUCUGAUACUUACUCUGACGACGUGGAUCCAUACCAAGCCGGUUUAAGAGCAUUUCGUAAUUGGGGAUCUCGAACUUUCCAGCAUAUAAUGUUUAUGAAUUGUAACCAUUCAGUGAGUGACAAUGACAAGUAUGUGGAUACUGCUCACUGCGUGAAGUGGGACUCCAAAGGCUAUGCGUAUGCUGUUGCUGGUGACCUAAAUUCAGAGGAGUUUGAAGUUGGUUGUGAAGUAAAACUUGUUGGCCUCUCAUCUUGGUUGGGUUUGGAGACUGAUAAUAAUAGAUAUUCCUACACAGCCAUGCACAGGGGACUGGCCUAUGGAUUUGAGAUUUCAUGGGUGCGACUUGCCUGUAAGAAGCGUUGUCUAAUCCAGGAGAGUUACUGCUAUUUCGACUCUUCUAGACAGAAACUUCGAUGCCAAAUAGUUUUUCUCAACCGCGCUUGGGAAGUUGGGGUUUUCCAGAUUGAUAGAGAAUAUCUCGACCAGUUCGUGGUCUCUCUUGACUUCGGGAAGUAUUAUACUUAA